AUGGCAGGAGCGAGCGAGGCACAUCCUGACGUGGCUGACGGCCUGAUUACUGGUAACACUUCUCGACAGCCCAUCCAUUUCUCGUAUAAUCCCUCCCACAACCUCGUUUUCGCCCCACAAACUCAUCUCGACAGUGGCAGCGACGUUGACAGCGAUCCCCUGCAUGCAAAUCUUCCACUUCCAGCGACACCCUUGCCCUCGGACACAGCUGGACUACCAAGCCCUGUACCUGGACCGUCCACGUACAUGGGCUACGACCAUGCCGCAAACAUUGCACAACGGCGUGGAGGAGAAGGUGCAGAUGCCGACAUGGGCGAUGCAGGAACCAACUUAACGGCUCAUCAUGCCUCCACUGUUCCACAGAUCGAGCUUGCAACCCCAUCCACAGCAGGUCCUAUUUCGAACGACGCAACUCAGAAAUGGCUGCCACCAUUGAACCACACGUCGCCCACCUUCGCUACCUUUCAAGGCCUAUCCCUCGACUUUCCUUCAAGUGGUCUAAGUGAAGAGAUUGGAACAAACAACCUGAAGUUUUCUGCUCGUGGCAGUAUGUUGAUUGAUGGGAAGAAGGCCAAUGGCACACGCGCUGGGACUCAUGUCGUUUCAGCAAGGACAAUGCCUAUACUCAAGGAAUCUAGUGCGCAGGAGGAUGAGCUGAGCACGACUAGGAAGCGUGCAGUCACUACCAUCUCAGAACGUCCACAAACGCGCUCUAUGUCAUCCGAUGAAGAAGCUCUAGCUGAGAAGGUCAGAGCCUUCUACGUCCUCGGUACAGACACCGUUCCAGACCAGGAUAACAAUUCAGUCACUGCGAAAAGAGCAAAUCUGCGCUGGCAGGAUGCUAUUCCUGAAAAUCGAGACAGCCUACUCAGCGGCACUUCUCCAGCUACCUCUACGACUGAUGUGUCCAGGAUGCCACCCAGUCCAACUUUCUUGAGAGAGGAUAAUGAGCUUGCAGGCGGGCUUGAAGAUUGGCAGGAUGUGGAUAAUUCCGAGGUCGACAGAUACGGCUUCAUCGUUCCUAAGACACCUCCAGUGAAUGCUGCGGAUGCGUCGAGGAUCAAUGGUGUAAAGAGGACACCUACUGGUUCAGGUCCAGGCUUACAACGAGUCUCGACCUCUUUACAACUGGCUGCUGAAACCCCGAGGAGGAAACAUACCAUAAGACGUGCCCCUAGUAAUGCUCGUAGCACUAAAUCGGACCAUCAGCCUCAAAGGUCGCCUUCCCAGCACUCGGUUCGCUCAACGAAAAGUGUCAAUUUACAUCGCCCUCAAUCAGCUUCACGAAAUCUGGCAAACCGUUUUCCGCAUAACAGGGAUCGUCGCAUACUGGACGAAGCAGGUGAUAUGCUUACCCUGCCAAGAUCCUCCACUGCAAGUACUUUGACACGGACUUUGACCGACGAGGGGACAACCACAACAGUUGGCACAUACGCUCCUCUAUCCACACCCCAAGCGCGCCGGAAAGAAGUUGAACGUCAAGAAAAGUGGCGGAAAAUGGCUCGCGAAGUUCCCGCUAAACCUGGAAUCGUUGGCGGAGGCAUGACCUUCUCUUUUGAUACAGCCUCUCCGAAGCUCAUAGAACAGACGGGUUACGUCCAAGGAAUGGCCGCUCUGGCCGCCACGUUCCUUGCUUACUAUGAGGAGGAGAAAGCGUUUAUCAUGCUGGUUCGGCUUUGGGAACUACGCGGUCUCGAAAAACUGUACAAAUACGGGUUCGGUGGAUUGAUGGAAGCACUUGACGACUUUGAGAAGCUAUGGCUCGGUGAAGGCGAGCUAAAGAAAAAGCUUGAUGAUUUAAUGAUCGGUCCCACAGCUUACGGGACGCGCUGGUAUCUGACUUUAUUCAAUUACAGUAUUCCUUUUCCCAGCCAACUACGAGUCUGGGAUGUAUUCAUAUUAUUAGGCGAUGAUCUGAAUGAUGAACAGACCCCAACAGCUGUGCAUAGAGAUGAUACAGGUAUGACGAAUGGUAAUGCUAAACUUAAUGGUGGAAAUGAGAAAGAGGAUGAAAAAGCAAAUUUUGGGACCACUCUUGACGUGCUGCACGCUACUAGCGCUGCACUGAUAGAUGGGAUGCGAGGGAUAUUGCUAGAUAGUGACUUUGAGAACGCGAUGAAAGUGCUUACGAGCUGGGUGCCUAUAAGAGAUGAGGAUCUGUUCAUGAGAGUCGCAAGGGCGGAGUGGAAAUUGCAUGAGCAGAGACGGUUGGGAAAGAAGAAGUCAUAG